GUGAUCCGGAGACACAACCAAGAGGAGAAGCUGCUGUGCCUGGUGCGCCACCGGGCCGGCCACCACUGCCAGAACGCCGUCAUCAUCAUCCUGAUCCUGGCCUGGGAGGGCAUCCCCCGCACGCUGGGGGACACGCUGUACCAGGAGCUCACCGACACCCUCACCAAGUACGGCAAACCCACCAGCCGCCGCUGCGGCUUGAGAGACAGCCGGACCUGCGCAUGUCAAGGCAAGGACCCCAACACCUGCGGCGCUUCCUUCUCCUUCGGCUGCUCCUGGAGCAUGUAUUUUAACGGCUGCAAGUACGCCCGGAGCAAAACGCCCCGCAAGUUCAGGCUGGUGGGGGACAAUCCCAAAGAGGAAGAGCUGCUCCGGAAAAGCUUUCAGGACUUGGCCACCGAGGUUGCUCCGCUUUACAAGAGGCUGGCGCCGCAAGCCUACCAAAACCAGGUUACCAACGAGGACGUAGCCAUAGACUGCCGGCUGGGCUUGAAGGAGGGGAGGCCGUUUUCAGGAGUGACGGCGUGCAUGGACUUCUGCGCCCACGCUCACAAAGAUCAGCACAACCUCUACAACGGCUGCACGGUGGUCUGCACGCUGACCAAGGAAGACAAUCGCGUGGUGGGGAAGAUCCCCGAAGACGAGCAGCUGCACGUCCUCCCCCUCUACAAGAUGUCCAGCACGGAUGAGUUCGGCAGCGAGGAGAACCAAAACGCCAAGGUGGGCAGCGGGGCCAUCCAGGUGCUCACCUCCUUCCCCCGCGAGGUCCGCAAGCUCCCCGAGCCCGCCAAGUCCUGCCGGCAGCGGCAGCGGGGGGGCCGGGAAGCCGCGCGGGGACUGCAGAAGGAGAAGCUGAUGACGCCGGAGAAGAUCAAGCAGGAAGCGCUCGAGCUCCCCGCGCUCCAGCAAAACGCAGGUAUGGCUUUGAAAAGCGGGCUGCCCCCGCAGCCGCUGAAACCUUCCAUCAAGGUGGAGCCGCAGAGCCACUACAACGCCUUCAAGUACAACGGCAACGCCGUGGUGGAGAGCUACUCGGUGCUGGGGAGCUGCCGGCCCUCCGACCCCUACAGCAUGAACAGUGUUUACUCGUACCAUUCCUACUAUGCACAGCCCAAUCUGCCUUCCGUGAACGGGUUUCACUCCAAGUUCGCGCUUCCCUCCUUCGGGUACUCCGGCUUUUCCAGCAACCACGUGUUCCCCUCGCAGUUUCUGAAUUACGGGGCGGCCGAGAGGAGCGGGAGCAGCUGGGUGAGCAACGGCUACGAGAAGAAGCCCGACGUCUCGGCCUUGCAGGAGAACCUCAGCCACGCCUACGGCAACGCCGAUUUCCCCGAGCCCAUCCCGCACAGC